CUGUUGCAUUUGCUCUCCACCUCCCAGCGCCCCCUCGGAGAUCCCAGGGAGUCAGCCUGCUGAGAGAGCCCGAGGGUCCGGAGCAAGCCUGGAGGCGGAGGAGGCGAGUGAGGGAAAAAGAUCGAGCAAGCCGCUCCGUUGCUGAACAGGAACCGAAGGAACGCACAGCGCCAGCCCUGCUCGGCUCUGACUGCUGCCAAAGCCUGUUGCCGAGCGGCGGCUUGGAAGCCGCCGCCCCGGAGCUGCCCUUUCCUUUUCGGUGAAGUUUCUAAAAGCUGCUAGAGACUAGGAGGAAGCCAGGAAAGUGCUGGGUAGGACUGACCGCUGCCUUUGUCCUCCUCUCCUCCACCCCCACCCCUGUCUCCACUCCCACAACUGCCUCUGCCCGCUAUUCUCCGUCUGCCCCCACCUCUCCCUUUCACCCCUGUCUGCACAGCGCUGCCCUCCGGUUUGCAGAGGGGUUACUCCCUUAGGCUGAGAGCUGGUGAGCUAGCUGCACGUUGCAAAGAAGGCUCUUGGGAACCUGGAGAUUGGGGAGCGGCUAGGGCUUCAGCGCUGCAGUCAGGACCUGGCUCAUUAAGCAGCACGCAGGGAGUGCCCCUUUUACACUCCCUCUCCACCUCCUCCUGCCUCCUCCAACCCCCACUCAAGAGUGCGGAGCCAAAAAUCAAAAGAUGAAAAGACUCUCAGGGCUUCAGUAGUUUUACUCAAAACAAAACCAAAAGAAAAUAACCCAAUUAUUAUUUGCACCUGCUGCCCUGGACAUUGAAUCUGGAAGGCACAGGACCCUCUCCCCCAAUUUUUGAGCAUCUUUUGACUCUACCCUUUAAGUAUCCAGAGACAGACUGAGAGCCUAAGCAGGGCUGAUUCUGCCCAAUUCGUGUGUUCCUCUGCAGGAGACUUUGAGGCUCUCCGAGCACUUUUUGCUUCUUUUGUUUUUGCUUUUGUUUUGGUUUGGUCUUUUUUUUUUCGGUUUUCGUUUUCGUUUUUGGUGUUUUUUUUUUUGUUUGUUUUUCUCCCCUGCAAGUUUUCUUCUCCGGAGCUUUCCGCAGGUGGGCAGCUAGCUGCGGCGACUGCAUCAUCGCAGCCUGUUGAACUCUUCUGACCAAGGAAAGGGGAGCGAGGGUAAGGAAAUUAGAUCAAAAAUUCAGCCAAGCUCUAGGAUGGAGGUACAGUUAGGGCUGGGGAGGGUCUAUCCCCGGCCGCAGUCUAAGACCUUCCGAGGAGCUUUCCAAAAUUUGUUCCAGAGCGUGCGCGAAGUGAUCCAGACCCCGGGGCCCCGGCACCUUGAGGCCGAUAACGCAGCACCUCUCGGCGCCCAUUUGCAGCAGACCAGCCCCCGGCAGCCACAGCAGGGUGAGGAUGGCUCUCCCCAAGCUCACAUCAGAGCCCCCACAGGCUACCUGGCCCUGGAGGAAGAACAGCAGCCUUCACAACAGCAGUCAGCCUCUGAGGGCCACCCUGAGAGGGGCUGUCUCUCAGAGCCUGGAACCUCCGCGCCAGCCGGCAAGGGGUUGCCGCCGCAGCCGCCAGCACCUCCGGACGAGGAUGACUCAGCUGCCCCAUCCACGUUGUCUCUGCUGGGCCCCACUUUCCCCAGUUUAAGGAGCUGCUCCGCGGACCUUAAAGACAUCCUGAGCGAAGCCAGCACCAUGCAGCUUCUUCAGCAGCAGCCUCAGCCUCAGCCUCAGCCUCAGCCUCAGCAGCAGCAACAGCAGCAGCAGCAGCUGGAAGUGGUAUCUGAAACCAGCAGCGGGAGAGCAAGAGAGGCAGUUGGGGCUGCCACCUCUUCCAAGGACAGUUACCUAGGGGUCAAUUCAACCAUAUCUGACAGCGCCAAGGAGUUGUGUAAGGCAGUGUCUGUGUCCAUGGGCUUGGGUGUGGAGGCACUGGAGCAUCUAAGUCCUGGGGAACAGCUUCGGGGAGACUGCAUGUACGCUCCGCUCCUGGGAGGUCCACCUGCUGUGCGACACACUCACUGUGCCCCGAUGGCCGAAUGCAAAGGUUCUCUGCUGAAUGACAGCCCAGGCAAGGGCACUGAAGAGACUGUUGACUAUUCCUCUUUCAAGGGAGGUUACUCCAAAGGACUAGACGGUGAAAGUCUGGGCUGCUCUGGCAGCAGCGAGGCAGGGAGCUCUGGGACACUUGAACUGCCUUCCACCCUGUCUCUCUACAAGUCUGGAGCACUGGACGAAGCAGCAUCAUACCAGAGUCGCGACUACUACAACUUUCCGCUGCCGCUGGCCGGGCCUCCACCCCCUCCACCGCCUCCCCAUCCACACGCCCGCAUCAAGCUGGAGAACCCGAUGGACUACAGCAGCGCCUGGGUGGCCGCAGCUGCGCAGUGCCGCUAUGGAGACCUGGCAAGCCUGCAUGGUGGGGGUGCCGCAGGACCCAGCUCCGGGUCACCCUCAGCCACUGCCUCAUCUUCCUGGCACACUCUUUUCACAGCUGAAGAAGGCCAGUUGUAUGGACCCUGUGGAGCGGGUGGCGGCGGCAGCGCGGGAGAGGCAGGGGCUGUAGCCCCCUAUGGUUACUCUCGGCCACCUCAGGGGCUGGCGGGUCAGGAAGGCGAUUUCCCUGCAACCGAUGUGUGGUACCCCGGUGGCGUGUCCAGUAGAGUGCCUUAUCACAGUCCCAGUUGUGUCAAAAGCGAGAUGGGACCCUGGAUGGAGAGCUACUCCGGACCUUAUGGAGACAUGCGUUUGGAGGAUGCCAGGGACCACGUUCUGCCCAUCGACUAUUACUUUCCACCGCAGAAGACCUGCCUGAUCUGUGGAGAUGAAGCUUCUGGGUGUCACUAUGGAGCUCUCACUUGUGGCAGCUGCAAGGUCUUCUUCAAAAGAGCUGCUGAAGGAAAACAGAAGUACUUGUGUGCCAGCAGAAAUGACUGCACCAUUGAUAAAUUCAGAAGGAAAAAUUGUCCAUCUUGUCGUCUCCGGAAAUGCUAUGAAGCAGGAAUGACUCUGGGAGCCCGUAAGCUGAAGAAACUUGGCAAUUUAAAACUACAGGAAGAAGGAGAAGCUUCCAGCACCAGCAGCCCCACUGAGGAGCCAUGCCAGAAGAUGACAGUAUCACACAUUGAAGGCUAUGAGUGUCAGCCCAUCUUCCUGAAUGUCCUAGAAGCUAUUGAGCCAGGUGUGGUGUGUGCUGGACAUGACAACAACCAACCUGACUCCUUCGCAGCCUUGCUCUCUAGCCUCAAUGAACUGGGAGAGAGACAGCUUGUGCAUGUGGUCAAGUGGGCCAAAGCCUUGCCUGGAUUCCGCAACUUGCAUGUGGACGACCAGAUGGCCGUCAUUCAGUACUCCUGGAUGGGACUGAUGGUGUUUGCCAUGGGCUGGCGGUCCUUCACCAAUGUCAACUCCAGAAUGCUCUACUUUGCACCUGACCUGGUUUUCAAUGAGUACCGCAUGCACAAGUCCCGGAUGUACAGCCAGUGUGUCCGAAUGAGGCAUCUCUCUCAGGAGUUUGGAUGGCUCCAGAUCACACCCCAGGAAUUCCUGUGCAUGAAAGCACUGCUACUCUUCAGCAUUAUUCCAGUGGAUGGGCUGAAAAAUCAAAAAUUCUUUGAUGAACUUCGAAUGAACUACAUCAAGGAACUCGAUCGUAUCAUUGCAUGCAAAAGAAAAAAUCCCACAUCCUGCUCAAGGCGCUUCUACCAGCUCACAAAGCUCCUGGACUCUGUGCAGCCUAUUGCAAGAGAACUGCAUCAGUUCACUUUUGACCUGCUAAUCAAGUCCCACAUGGUGAGCGUGGACUUUCCGGAAAUGAUGGCAGAGAUCAUCUCUGUGCAAGUGCCCAAGAUCCUUUCUGGGAAAGUCAAGCCAAUCUAUUUCCAUACACAGUGAAGCUUUGGAAGUCCCCAUUUCCAUACCCCUCUAUACCCCCUUUUCAGAUGUCUUCUGCCUGUUGUAACUCUGCACUACUUCUCUGCAGUGCCUUGGGGAAUUUCCUCUAUCAAUGUACAGUCUUUCAUGCAUAUGUUCUGUUUGCUUGGCUUUUUCCUCGUUUCCUCUUUUCUUUUUCUCCUUCUCUCCCUAACUCAGCUUUAGACUCUGCUCCCUGCUGUGGCUCCUGUCUGUGUUUUGAACUGUGGUGUACUUCUUUAAAUCUGUGGUAAUCUUCAUGUGGCCCAGUGUCAAGUUGUGCUUGUUUACAGCACUCCACUGUGUGCCAGCCACACUAACAUUUACGUACCUUAUGCUGUGGGAAGUUUAGAGAGCUAAAAGUGUCUGGGGAAAACAAAAACAAACAAAAGACACUAAAACCAGAAAAAAAGUAAAAAAAAAAAAACUUGCUGGGAUUUUUCUAAAUAACUAAUAGAAGUCCCCAAAGAAGCCAGCAGUGACUAAAAGCAAGUGAAAAUUGCAGGCCCACAAGGAGUCACUGAUUUUGUUCAACCCCCCCACCCCACUUCCUGGGAGACUUUAUUUUUGCAAAGGUUAUUGCCAUUUAGAGGACAGAGCAGCCCAAGAGCUGAGGUGGGGAAGACUGAAGGAGGAGACGCCAAGGAGGGCAGAUGGAUCACCAGUUCUUGCCCACAGCCUUGCUCCUGAGAGCUACACUGCUCAACUGUAGUGCAAUUCACUGUAUUGAAAAUGUGUUUCUUGUUUGAAAAUUUGUCUGCAUGUGACCACCUCCCCACUCAAGACCUUUUCUUUCUCAGUGUCUGCCUCCAUCCUCAAAUUGACUUUCAGUAACUUUCUGAGACCUUUCAGCUGAAUGUUCUCUUUAGCCGAAACAUGGCCACCUCUGCUGAAGAGUCAGAUCAGGAAGACAAAGGAGAGGAGAGAUCUGACACUUUGGAAGACUCCAUUCAGAUCCAGUGCAGUUUCCUGCUUGUGAUCCAGGGAGAAUCUGGAGCUGGAAUCAGGAGAAGGAUGUGGUGGCUUGAAUGUUCUCCUACUUAGGACACUGAAUAAUUGAUUUCUCAAUAACAGCACCUUUUCCUCACCUUUAAAAGACCUAGGUACUCCAUGUGGCCAUCACCUUCUUUCUUCCCUUCAGUGUUUUGUAGGCCAUACUACAUUUCAGACGUGUGAUGAAGCAUGCUCACUUCUUCGGGCGUAUUCACAAACUUUCUGCUGAAAUUCUCCCCACUAUGCAGGGUAGCAGGCCCAUAGUCCCGACAUCUGUCACUAGAUUCCAGUAGUCUCAAAGCUUUUUCACCUAAUGUGUCUCAUCAGUAGUUAGAACGCUGGAGCCCUUAGACAAACUGGAAAGAGGGCAUCAAAGGAAUCAGACAAAUUGGCCAUCUGGCCCUUGCCCCCUGGAGAUGACACCUUCUCAUCGAGUGGAUAAAUGUCCACUCCCUUCUCCAAAGCAGCUACCCAGAUCAGGGUGGAAGAGAAAACUCAGUAACCCAGACGGGAAGAAUGAUGACCCUAGGAUCAGAAAGCCUGAAGUGCUCUCCUUGCCAUCCAGCGUAUCCACCUACCAAAGUCAUGAGAAGAGAGAAAGAACUAAGGGAAGAUUCUUUUAACUAUUAGUCAUCAGAGGCAAAACCUAACGCCAGAUGGACAUCAUCUGGCCCGAUGAGGACCAAUUUACUCAGCCUCCUCCUCUGCUGCUGAUUCUGGGCUCUGACACUGGCCAAUCUCACUCAGCUUUCCCACGAUUGUUGCUGCCUCUCACUCAGAGGAGUGCUGGACCACUGAGACUUUCCUUAGAACCGUGACUUCCUUUGGAGCUAUCUGGCUGGUGUAACUGUGAUUUGUGGCCACCCAAAAACUCAAGGUCUGCCCCUGGGUCACUGAUUUGAUAUAGUCCUUUGGCACACCCAUGUUCUGUUGAUUUUGUUCCCCAACCCCAGGUGCAAGGUAGACUGCUCAUGUACUUCCUUGUCUUGGCUGCUGCCUCCUUCCUUAGCUCUUUACUUCAUCUGUUAAACUCGAGAAAUCAUGGGCCAGUCCCCAACCUGCCCAUUUCAGCUGGUUGCCUCUGCUUGUUGAGAAGAUAGUUUCUGAGUGACAUGAUAUGAUCCACAUGGGUUUCCUUCCCCGGUUUCUGUGUUGAUAUUAAUAGCCAAAUGAACUUGCAAAACAGCUUCUUUAAAUAACAAGGUAGAGGGGAAACUAAAAUGGGUGAUAUGCCAAUCCAAGACUGCUGAACAAAACUGAAGCUGAUGGGUUUCCCUUCUGAGGUAGGACAGAAUUUGGUUUUCUUUUUGAUGGAAUCAUUUUGCUUAGUUACAGGAUCUCUAUUAGCUCGUUAAAACAGAAAACCAUCCACCACUUUUCAGUUAAACUAGGUUGCAUUUUAAUAGUUCCUUUAUAUCUCUUUUGAACCAAUUUUCAUGUUGCUGCACAAGGAUUUGAUUAUAUCAUUCUACUAUCUCUCCUUGUAAAUACUAAAGGCUCUACUUUGCACUUCACUAUCAAACUUUUUAUCUUUAAUGAUUUCCCAAUUGUUACUCUUGCCUUUAUGAAUAUAUAUGUUUUUCAUUUGCAAAAGCCAAAAAUUGGUGAAAAGCAGUGUAAUUAAAAGGAGCAACAACUGGGUCACUCCAAAUCUUCAAGUUGCAAAACUAGGGAAAAACAGCCUAAACAGAGCUUUAGAUCUACUGUUUUUGCCCUGGGAUUCAAGUGAGCAAAGGAGGUUAUAGCAUGGCUCUGUUUUCUCACAGGUGAAAGGAGGGUGAUUUUUUUUUUUCUUGUGGCCAUUGAUGUUUCAGCCAGGACAUGUGACAGAAGUCUCAAUUUUGCAUGUACUCUGCUCUCCAAAUAGAGUUGGUUUGUGGUAUACUGUGCUCAGCUGUGAAAGACCACCUAGACCCACUCACCUGAUGAGCUGGAUGAUGAAGAUCACUCACUGGACAAGUCAAGAGGACCAACUCCAAUCUGCAGCUCUGGGUGGGGAUGGAGAGUAAGAAAGAGGGGAAAAAAGGAACAACAUGGAGAAGGUUCUAUCUGGGCAGCAAACAGCUGCAAAGGUCACAGACUCUGGGCAAAGCAAAGAGUUGAAUUAUGCGUAGCAGUUUCAGCUCUAUUCACUGGGCAGCUCAAGGGAUCUGGCUUCUGAACUAGGAUGGGGUUACAUUCUUUGUUCUACAGAUUUUCUAUGCCACAGGCAAUAUUGUUUUUCUUGGAAAGUUCAUUUUCUUAAAUUACCUUACUUUGAGAAAGGACUUGUUUGAAGGAGUCUAUCAUAUAUCUAUGAAAAAAAUCAGUAAUAUGUAUAUUUUUAUGUAUGUUCACUGGCACUUAAAAAAGAGAUUCGCUCUGUCUUUUGUCCUUUGAGUAGUUGCUGAGGUCAGUUUUCCAGGUUGAGAAAUAAUGUUCUGAUGCCUGAGUCCCUCUCUGUCCAUACUCUAUUUCUAAAUAUAUGUAGGCAUAUAUAACAAAAUGUAUUUGACUUGUAUUUUAAAAUUUGUCCACCAUUCACUUGAUACUGAUACUACACAAAUGACCUGACUGUAAGCUUCAAGUAGCUUCUGAGUGUUUGAUUCAUUAGGCACAGCACAUACGUGGCCUUGUCCCUUUCUCUCCCUUGAUAUGAAGCAGGGCACAAAGGCCCACGCAACCCUCCCGCACCCUUCCCCAGCUCUAUGCCAGCACUGCACUUCAGGAGACUCCAGAUCGCCCCAGUAACUCUCCCUGCAUGACCCCACCCCAAAGUUCUGGAAAAACAAGGGGCUCACUACUGAUUACCCUAUGCCAGUUGGCCAGGUGGGAGGGCACUUGGCCAAGGGCAUGGUUUUUAUGCUUGGCCCUCAGUAGGAGGUCACAGGAAACAGGAAUGCUAAAGAGGAGAUCAAAUCCAGAUUUAAAGUCAAAAGAAGCCAUUUAGCAAUGUGAAAUUUCUUGGAAAAGGAAGUUUCUAGUGCUACUGCCUUUAUAGGCAGAUCUGUUCUCACCACUGAUCUCUUUGAAAAUCUUUAAAACCAGUUUUUUUAAGGACAGACAAAGAGAUGAAAGUAUCACAGUAUGUAACCAAAGAUUAAAUUGUAUCUAGGAUACCAAAAUUUUUAAGGGCAGGGAGGGAGUAAGCAUUAGUGCCUCUUUGGUCAGCUUUCCAAUGACAGGCUAAAGAACUUUGCUGGUGACUGAAUUAUAAGAGUUUUUUGGGGUUUUCCACCCUCACAAUAUUCAUAUUUGGAAGAGUUGAAGAUAAUUUGGAAAAUAAGACUGCGGGUCCUUCAAUAAGUAGUUUUAUAAGUAGACCUAGCUUUCCGUUUUACUAGUAGUUGCUGAACAAAUUCUUGAAGCUCCAUCACUGCAUGGUUGGAAAUGGAGCUGGUCUUGGCCACUGUGUUUGCUAGUGCCCAUGUUAUCUAAAGAUGUGAAACCUUUGCUGAGAAGAGGAGCAUUUAAAGGAUUAGAUUUUGCACUAGAAGGACAGCAGACAGAAACUUAUUUCUGCCCAGUUUGGACGGCAUGAAGAGAUCUCUGCAGUUUGAGGCGGAAGGUUGAAAUAUAUUGUAAAUGAGUAUUUGUAUCCUUGUUUUAAAAAAUGAGUUAUAUAUAUAUAUAUAUAUAUAUAGAUAUAUAUAUAUAGAUAUAAUGUGUUCUAAAGCUUUAUCUUUCUCUGCACCUUUAUAUUUGGUUCCAGGUAAUAUCUGAUGCCUUGUACUUAUAAGAGAGGCUGCAGUUACAUUUUGGAAACUCUCUCAGAAUGGACAAGACACCUGGAUUGAUCAGAUAACAAAGAUUUCUGCCCCUCUUAGGCUUGACACAAGGCCUUACAAAGGGGUAGGAGGGGGAAAAGGGUAGGGUACAUGAUGUAUUGCACUUUACUAGCCUAAGACAGAUGAAUGUGGAAAGGGUGAUGACUCUUUAGAACCAGCUGGAAUUUACCACAGGGAAGAGCCAGACUUGGGGCCAAGAGCCCACCCAACCGACUGGCCAGUGUCCUUUCAAUGGGACCCUAGCUAUUGGGAGAAGAAAGCGUAUUCCUUGGUCUUCACCAUUCUUGUGAGAGAAGGGUAGUUGCCUGCACUUGGGAACCUGGAGCAAGUGCUCCAUCUUUCACACCAAUUCUCCCCCCUGUGAUUGAGGUGCUCUUGCUACUGGGUGUCUGUAUCCUCUAACUCUGGUUUUGGAUAUGUUUUGUAAAGAUUUGAAAUUUGAAAAUGUGUUUUUCUCUGUUGAAACUUAUCAGUGUAUUAGAAGUUGUAUCUUGGUAGGUACAGGUCCACUUCUGCCCAAGGGUGGAGAUUGUUUCUCUUCAGUAGAGUUUGACACUGGGGUCUGUUGCCCAGGGCCUCCCAACUCUCAACCAUGUCUAGGUGAAGGCAGAAAAAUCCACUUUAGUCACUUCUCUUCAGACACUUAAGGUAAGAUAACAAAUCACUUAAUUCCCCUGACCCUCAAAAGAGUGAUACAUAUUUUAAUUUAGCAUGUAAAAUUUUAUAGUAAAAAGCCAGUUUUGAUCCAGCUUUAACUUUACUCCAUUCAAUUUGGCCUGAAAGUAGCUAAUAUGUUAUUGUUUUCCAGUCCUAAUUCAUUAUAGCAAGGAUCCAGGUUCCUUUCCUUUCCCCAUUUAUCUCCUAAUUGUUUGUGGAAUUCAAUAAAAAUCUGUGGAAUGGGUGGCCCUGUGGCUUGCAAAAGUUCCCAUAUAAGCUACGUAGCAAAACCAUCAUGUAGCUGCACUUUGCACUGGCCCCCGAAAACUGGAACACACAUGCGCAUACUCCAAAGGAUAAAUACUUCUGAAAUGUUACUGCUUCUCCAGUGGCUCCCUGCUUGGCUGUCUGUUUACUCACAGUUGGAGAUUCUAUAUUCUGCAUAAUCGACAAGCCUGGCUUCCAGUCUUACAACCUCAGCCCUCAGCGCUAACUGUCCUACAGUGAAGUGCUUAGGGGGUUGUCAUUCCUUUACUCACAUGGGUGCUGAGAGCAGUAACAACUGGGAUUACCCAAGCCAAAAGUAAAUGCAUAAAAGUUCCCUCACCAGCUAAUGACACUUUUCUGCUUUCCCUUAGACUGGACAUUGAUUCGGGAGUGCCUUGGAUAUAACAUUCUUGUGCUGUCCUUGAGAUUAAUUUGGCAGCAGGCGGGAGAAGAUUAUGUAAACAGAGAUAAGAAUUAAUAUUUUGAUGUUGAGAGAAAAACCGUUAUUCAACAAAUUUUAAAAGAAACAAUUUUGCUUGAAACUUCUUUUGAUGGGGCUUCAGUUCUCACAGUGGCUCUUGGCCUCCACUGGGCAGCAGGACCAGCCCCAAGCGCUAGUGUUCUGUGCUCUUUUUGUAAUCUUGAAAUCUUUUGUUGCUCUAAAUAUAAUUAAAAUGGCAGAAACUUGUUUGUUGGAAUACA